AUGGCUAGUGUCCAGAUGCCGCCCGCGGCUCAGCACACGGGGUCGGCCAUCCCCGCGGGCAUGACCCAGCAGCAGGCUCAGGAGAUCUUUAUGAAGUUCCAACAGAUGAAGAAGCAAGGUGUACCGAGCAAUGAUCCCGAGUUUAUCAAGACACAGAACAUCCUUGCUGCCCUUCAGCGUCAAAGACAACAGAUGCAUGUGCAGCAACAGAUGCAACUUCAUCAACAACAGCAGCAGCAGAAACAGCAACGACCUAUGCAAAAUGGAGCUAAUGGCGCCGUUAAUGGCGCCCCAUCUUCUAGCGCCUCUCAGGCCAGCAGCACACAGGCGACGGCACCCCCGGCUUCGACGUCUCUGGGCGCAUCUGCUCUUCCAGCGAGCUCGAGCGCGCCAAAUACCAGCACACCCGCGGCUACACCGACGCAAGGUCAAACGAGUCAUUUUUCACAAGCCCAGCUCAACCUGCUUUGGACCCAGAUCAAGGCGUUCAGGAUGCUCGGAAAGAAUGCUGGCGUUCCAAUUCAGAUGCAAAAAGCCAUCUUCGAACACAGGGCGCGCCGCCGUGCCUCCUUGACAAAACAGGAGACACAGUCCCCGACAACGAAUGCUCCCUCGGACGCUACUCCGGUACAAGACGGCGGGAAGGCCGGCGCGGCCGGGGCCGACGCUCAGGGCGACUCUGCAUCGACUGCCCAGGCCAACACAUUCAAGACGAUCAAGUCUCCGUAUGAUGGCGGCCUCGUGCGCAAGUCUAUCUCGUACAUGGAACACGGCCGUCGCAAGAACCGUUUGCUCAUUCCCGGCAUCUUCCCGACCGGCAUUGACUUUGAGCAGUUGCGCGCGGACCGCGAGAAGAUUGUCUUCAACCGUAUGAGCGCGAGAUACUCGGAGCUGAAGUCGCUACCUGGCAACUUGGCGCAUUGGGACGCGUCCCAGGAUGUCCUUGUCGCGGAUGAUAGCGCCAAGAGGAAGGCGAUCAUUGAGAUGAAGAAGCUGGCGCUGUACUCUAAGCAGCGCGCGCUGAGGGAUAAGAUUGGGAGGCAGAUGAUGCACUACGACAACCUGGCCAUGACGACUAACCGGGCUUCAUACCGCCGCAUGAAGAAGCAGAACGUGCGCGAGGCCCGGGUCACGGAGAAACUUGAGAAGCAGCAGCGCGACGCGCGCGAGAACCGGGAGCGCAAGAAGCACGUCGACUUCUUGCACGCGGUGCAGCACCACCGCAACGAGGUUCUCAACACCGCCCAAGCACAGCGGGCGAAGACGCAGAGACUCAGCCGCCACAUGUAUGCCCACCAUUUCAACAUCGAGAAGGAAGAACAGAAGCGCAUCGAGCGGACGGCCAAGCAACGUCUUCAAGCGCUUAAGGCCAACGACGAAGAAGCCUACCUCAAGUUGCUCGACCAGGCCAAGGAUACACGUAUUACCCACUUGCUGCGCCAGACCGAUGGCUUCCUGCACCAGCUUGCGUCUUCCGUGCGUGCCCAGCAGCGUCAGGCCGCCGAGAACUACGGCGACGACGCCGAGGAGUUGCCCGAGGAGAGCGAGCCCGAUGAGGACGAUGAUGGCGAGAGCAGUCGCAAGAUUGACUACUACGCCGUCGCUCAUCGCGUCAAGGAAGAUGUCACGGCGCAGGCGAGCAUCUUGGUUGGUGGUACGCUCAAGGAGUACCAGCUCAAGGGUCUGCAGUGGAUGUUGUCGCUGUACAACAACAACCUCAACGGUAUUCUCGCCGAUGAAAUGGGUCUCGGCAAGACGAUUCAGACCAUCAGUCUGAUUACGUACCUGAUUGAGAAGAAGCAGCAACAGGGCCCGUACCUGGUUAUCGUGCCGCUUAGUACGCUGACCAACUGGAACCUCGAGUUCGACAAGUGGGCGCCUUCGGUCUCCAAGGUCGUUUACAAGGGACCGCCAAACACUCGCAAGCUGCAGCAGGAGAAGAUCCGCCAGGGUCGGUUCCAGGUUCUGCUUACGACGUACGAGUACAUUAUCAAGGACCGCCCGCUUCUGAGCAAGAUCAAGUGGUUCCACAUGAUUAUCGACGAAGGUCACCGUAUGAAGAACGCAAACUCGAAGCUGAGCGCCACGAUCCAGCAGUACUACAACACACGCUUCCGCCUUAUUCUUACCGGUACCCCGCUGCAAAACAACCUGGCGGAAUUGUGGGCCAUGCUCAACUUUGUGCUGCCCAACAUUUUCAAGUCGGUCAAGACGUUCGAUGAGUGGUUCAACACGCCGUUCGCCAACACGGGUGGACAAGACAAGAUGGAGCUCACGGAAGAAGAGCAGAUUCUCGUCAUUCGUCGUCUGCACAAGGUGUUGCGCCCGUUCUUGCUGCGCCGUCUCAAGAAGGAUGUCGAGAAGGAUCUUCCCGACAAGACGGAGAAGGUCAUCAAGUGCAAGUUCUCUGCUCUGCAGGCCCGCUUGUACAAGCAGAUGGUCACGCAUCAGAAGAUUGCGGUCAGCGAUGGCAGCGGCGGCAAGACGGGUGCUCGUGGGUUGAGCAACAUGAUCAUGCAGCUGCGGAAGCUGUGCAACCAUCCGUUCGUGUUCGACGAGGUCGAGAACCAGAUGAACCCGGCCAACAUCAGCAACGAUUUGUUGUGGAGAACGGCGGGCAAGUUCGAGCUGCUCGACAGGAUCCUGCCCAAGUACAAGGCGACGGGGCAUCGUGUGUUGAUGUUCUUCCAGAUGACGGCUAUCAUGGACAUUAUGGAAGACUUCCUCCGGUUCCGCGGCGUGCAGUUCCUCCGUCUCGACGGUACGACCAAGUCGGAAGACCGGUCCGAUCUCCUUCGAGAGUUCAACCGGCCGGAUUCGCCGUACUUUAUGUUCCUGCUCUCGACGCGUGCCGGUGGUCUCGGUCUGAAUUUGCAGACAGCCGACACCGUCAUCAUCUACGACUCGGAUUGGAAUCCUCACCAGGAUUUGCAGGCCCAGGAUCGUGCGCAUCGUAUCGGGCAAAAGAACGAGGUGCGCAUUCUGCGGCUGAUCAGCUCGGCGUCGGUGGAAGAGAAGAUCCUCGAGCGUGCGCGGUUCAAGCUGGACAUGGACGGCAAGGUCAUCCAGGCCGGUCGGUUCGACAACAAGUCGUCGGAAACCGAUCGUGAUGCCAUGCUCCGGACGCUGCUGGAAACCGCUGACAUGGCGGAGUCGGGCGAGCAAGAGGAGAUGGAUGACGAAGAGCUCAACAUGAUCCUGGCGCGGAGCGACGACGAGCUCAUCACCUUCCAGAAACUAGACGAAGAGCGACUCAAGGACCCGACCUACGGCACAGGGCCCGGCUGCAAGGGCGUGCCGCGUCUGAUGGCGGAGGACGAACUGCCGGACAUCUACCUCAACGAAGGCAACCCGGUGCAGGAAGAAGAAGAGAUCAUCCUCGGCCGCGGUGCUCGCGAGCGGACCAAGGUUAAGUACGACGACGGUCUGACAGAAGAGCAAUGGCUGAUGGCCGUGGACGACGACGACGACUCACCGGAGGCCGCCGCGGCACGCAAGGCGGCGCGCAAGGAGCGGCGCGAGGUCAACAAGCUAAAGCGUAAGGGCUUGGCUGGUGCCGGCGCGUCGGCCGAGAACUCCCCCGUGGCCAGUCGCGCCAGCACUGAAGAAGUCGAGACUCCCGUCAAGAAGCGCGGGCGGAAACCCGGCAGCAAGAACCAAGAGAAGCGCAAGGCUGACGACGGCGACGACGAGCCGCCGACCAAGAAACGCCGGGGACCGCAGGGACGUCCCAAGGCGGUCAGCCUGAACGGCGCGAAUGCCAACGGCGGCUCGGGCAUUGCUCCCGACCUGCGCGGGGAGCUGCAAAAGAGCUUGCGGCGCGUGUUCGACGGGCUGAUGAAUUUUGAGGUGGACGACGAGCAGCCGCCGAACGCGGAAGACGAUGACGACGAUGAUGAUGGCCCGCCGAAACGGCUAGUCAUCGGACCCUUUGUCAAGCUGCCGCCUAAGCGCGAGUGGGCGGAUUACUACCUCAUCAUUGCCAACCCGAUCUGCAUGAACGAUAUCCAGAAGCGCAUCAAGAAGGAGGAGUACAGCAGUCUGGCGGAUAUGCGGCGGGAUUUGGACCUGAUGGUGGCCAAUUGCCGGACGUUCAACGAGGAGAGCAGCGGGAUUUGCCAGGAUGUGAAUCUCAUCGAGGCCUUCCUCAAAUCCCAAUUCGAAAAAGAACUCGCCGACCACCCAGACCUGCGCGCCCUCGGCGACCCAACUGUAUCUUCUGCCCCUGCCGCUGCAGCGGCAUCAUCCACAUCAUCAACCACAGCCGCAGCGACAGCCGCCCCCCCUGCUGCACCGACGGAUGGCGUCGGUGCAUCGGCUGGUGAGGCUGCUGGGGCGGGAGAUGCCCCUGAUGGAGUGGCCCUGGAUGAGUAG